UCAAACUUCGACAGGCAGAAAGAAACGCUUAUGAAACGAAUAUAAUUAAGGCGCUUCGUGUUACUUUUCCUUUUCUUUUUUUUUAACCCCACCCCUCCCCCCCGACAUAAACACAAUGUCCAAACCAGCACAGGUAAAGAAAAGGGAUCACGCCGCCAGCAAAACGUCUGCGUCUGACCGGCAGUAUGAGACAGCCAACUCCUCCGAGAGCCUCGAAAAGUCCAAAAUUUACAUCUGGCCCGAGUGGAGCGACGUCGAAGUCAGCAAGGAGAAGUGGGACGUUUCUACUAAAGGAGAAGGCAGAAAGUCAACCAAGGCCAAGAGUAAUUCUUCAAUCUUCGAAGAUCCAGAAGGAAAGGUGUUUUUACCUUCAAUCCUGAAGGUUCACACAUGGAAACGUCCAGCUGAGUUUAUUGUUGAUAAGGACGUCACUGUGGUUGAAAACAAAACAGACUUUGACCUGGUCUCCCCUAACAAUCAUUUGUUUGGUUGUGAGCUGAUGAGGUGGCUCAUCAGUGAGAUCCAUAUUGUUUGGAUGCUUUAUACAGACUCAACCUUCCAACAAGACAGCUGGAAACCCUGGGAGCACAUCUACUCAAUGUGUGAUGUGGUGAAAGGUCAUGUGCCACUUUUUAACAACUAUGGGAAAUAUGUGGUCAGACUUUACUGGAUGGGUUCCUGGAGAAAGUUGACUGUGGAUGAUAACAUGCCAUUUGAUGAAGAUAAUAAUCUGCUUCUCCCUGCCUCGACUUGUCAAUCAGAAAUUUGGCCAAUGCUGUUGGCUAAAGCUCUAAUUAAAAUAGCCUCCACAAUUCCGGUUUUUAGGGUUGGUGGCGAGAUGGGUGAUUUCACCUUCAUCCACUCCCUCACUGGCUGGAUGCCAGUAAUCACUCCUAUAGUGCCAAAGCACUCAGAAAAAAUAUGGGAUUUCCUUCUAGACACCAUUCCUAAAUUUACACACGAUGAUGCGGGUAUGGGAACGUCGUUCUCUGACAGUGAAGAUGCAGUUGUUGGAGGGACAGAUAUCCUUCAUCACGACAAUAAGAGUGUGGUCCAUGAGACAGAAAAAAGCACAGAUAAAACCAGGAGAGCUUCCGUCUAUAGUUACUUGGCUGAUCCAGGUCCUCUAAAAGUUGCAGUAUGUGCCAGCUUCUACCCUUCUUUACAAGAUUCUUUUGGACUUGUUAAAACGGCAACUUCCUCAGAGCUUUUACGGUUUUAUGGUCUGUCGAUGCUGCACAGCCAUGUUGUCCUGUUGUCCAAAACCCGUUCAUGUUCGCUGACGCCUCCUCCCAAAGCUAAGAUGGUGUCCCGAUGGAAACUCAUCCGUCUGCGAAAGAAGAUAGUAGUCACAUCUGAGCCUCAAAAGGAAGGCAGUUCCUCAUCCCUGAGGGAAUCAUCUCACAUGAAGAUCUUAAGGGAGGAAUGCAGUACCUUCGCCCUGAAGAAAACACCUCAAAUAAAGAUCGUACCAGAGGAACCUGAGCCAUCACAUGAGAAAUUCAUUGAGGUUACCAGCACUUUUGUUUUUCGCAGUGCCGCAACCACUGGCGGCAUUGUCCCAGAACUUGGCAUAAGCAGUGACUCCUGCACCCCAGGACCAGAGACCAAAGUGAGCACACCAAGGAAGCGUACCCGUAAACUCGGUAUGUUUGCGAUUACCGAGUCAGAGGAGGCAGAAAAACAUGAACCUGAAGUAGCUGAGCCAAGCAACACUGGCGAACUGAAAGUGUUGCCACAGGUUACAGCAGAGGACAAGAUAAAGGACAUUGAUCCGAUCUUCUGUGAUCGACUAUCAAUUUCACUCAAAGAUCCUACAGUCACGAACACCAAACCCCUACAGACCACAUGGGUGGACAUGGAGGACUUUGCAAAAUGUUUUCAGUCAUUGUUGGUCUUUCACAAACCCCAGAUGUACUCUCAUCAUAUCCAGAAAUCACAAUUCAAGAGCAUUUUCCUGUCAAAAGAUAUGGGUUGUAUCAGCGGCUCUGGAACGUCUUGUCAAUAUCCUACCAAUAGGUCUGUGGAAAUAGCAAGUGCUGAGUGUUCAGAAGUAAGAGGAACUUACUAUCUUUUUGUCGACUCCCUGGAACCUUCAGAGAUACUCAUCAGUUUGUCUGCCUUUCUUCAGUGGGGAGACAUUGGUGAAAAGACAUGUCCUGUUGAGAAAGCGACAUUUGGAAUACACAGGUGUGCAGCGCUUCUUAUUCAACCUCAGUCCUGGACAUCCCUGCAGGCUCAGCUUCCAGUUCUCACUAUCAAGACCACCUUCUCAAAGGCAGCUAUUCUUAACUUGCCAGCAGGGCGCAAUGUGUUUUGCCUCCAUGUCCGUGCGACUCUCGGCUACCACAUCCACCUGAGCAGUGAGACUCAAUUCAUGUUAGGAGAUGAAGAAACCAUUAUGCCCGCCCUAGUAAAGGAAAGUGUUCGCUUCAAUGAGCAGGCUUUGACCAUAUUCAGAGCUUUAUCCCGUGUGGUUGCUUCCUUUGCUGAUGAUCAUAAGCUCCCGUCACUCAGAAAAACUCUGGAAAAGAUUUAUUUCCCCCGAAGUAUCAUUUCCAAAACUGGGACAAGAAAACACCAAAAGCUGUUUAACUUGGCAGUAUGCCACAUGUUUCGUGAGGCCCUGGGCAGAAAGCUGACAGCACAGGAGUACUUUGCACUUCAAGCCCUCACUGCCGACCCCUCAAUUUGGGCCCCCGACAUAGAAGUAUCACCUUCUACCCCAAUUCCAAAGAUCUGUGAAGUAUGGGAAGACAGGGAGCCAACAGAGAAAGAAAUCCAGGCAGUCACAACUCUGCAAGCUCGAUUAAAAGGGUAUUUGGUGCGACGGGCACUUAAAGCCUCAAAACCUGGUAAAGGAAGAAAAGAAAACGUCCGUGCUUCCAAAAUCCUUUUAGAUAUGUGGCCAAAGAUUGAAGCAGAUGCAGCAAAACAUUCUGCCUUGUUGCUACGAUACAUUAUUGAUAAUUUAGGGGAGGAACGAGAACUGUACUCCUGUCUGGAGGAUGAAUCGUCCAGAAUCGCCUUUGCUGAUUAUACCGUCUCUUUCCUGGACACAAACCAGUCCUGGACUUUGGUCUUCAGAGAAAUAUUCAUUGUUCCAACGGAGAUGCUGCUGGUACCGACGAUCUUCUCUCCAGUUCCUAACUGUUGUCUGCAUGUUGUUAACAAUGACACGGGAGAGGAAAUCGAGAUGAUCAAAGUGCUGCCCCAUGUUUAUAAACCCAAUAAGCUUGGUUAUACGUUUGUUGCAGAGGUGGUUAAACCUGGAUGCUAUCUCAGUGAUAGCAAAUGGAAGAUGCGGUUGAUCGGUUUAAAAGAACCACUUCCAAAACUGAGCCGUGAAGUUCCUCUCAAUGCGUUCUCAGUGAAGCAAUUCCAAGAUUAUUACAUUCCAAGCGACAAAAAUCUUAUAUGUCGUUACAGUGUUCAGGUGAUGGCAGAUGGUAUGGGCACAAUUCAGUUUGAAACUUCUGACCAAAACGUUUUGAUACAUUUGUCUGUUCUGGACAAAGAGGAGGAGAUGGCUGGCAUCACUGGGAGGGGCUUCGUUGUACUACCUGUAUUCUUCUUCAAGGCAAACAAAGGUCAACAGUUGGCCUCCAAGAGGGGAAGGCGACAAAGCGUAGAAGCUGUAGCUGAAAAAUCAGACCUGCCCUCUGACUCCAUUCCGGAUCAUAAGUAUGUGGUGCAAGCAGAGAUGCUCUGUAGAACCUGGCAUUUGGAUGAAAACCAGCUGGAAUUUGUCCAUAUGCUACAAGAAAUGAAGAAGAAUGAAAUCAGAGUGUUCAAGCCUGGAGAUAUUAAGUCUUCGUCUAGAAUCGGCAUAUCAGGCCAGAAUGGUACCAGGCCUGAAACACAAAAAUCGAGCCGAAAAGGUGAAGCUGAGAGGCACAGAGGAAAGAGUACUGUCUCCAUAUCUGUUUCCAAGCAAGAAUCGAACCUGGACCUGACUAAGCCAAAUUACACACUGCGUGUCGCCAUUGACCAGAGCAGCCCAGAGAGAAUUGAAGUAAAAAGAGAUACAGAGAGAAUUGACCAGAUUAAAUCUAUGAAGAAAGCCUGGGAAAUGACCGAUCCAGGGCGUUUUGAAAAGGCUUCUCAGUCUCGCCUCCAGUUCCUCAAACAAGUUAAGCAACUGGAAGGUGGUCAACCUGCUUCACCUGAAAGAACUUCACCGGUCUCUGAUCAAGUUAUCCAGCCCAGGCCAUCCAGCAGUGAAAUGAUCACCCCAGCUACGCCAGAUCUGUACUCACGGUUCAGUCAUUUGUUCAGACGCCAGAAAGAUAUUCCAGAGCUAUUGGACCCAAAGGGAGAGGAGGCCAGGGAGGCGAAGCUUUAUGACAAGAUCCACAACUACCGGAUGGCCCGUGAAAGCAUUAUGGAGCACUACAGGCAGCACAUGAUGGAACAAUAUGAGCUAAAGAAGCGUCACCUUGAGACGUAUGAGAAAGUGCUGGAGACCAGCGAGAAAUUAUCUGAAGAUUACAAAGAAUUUUGCAACCGUCUGCUAUCGCUGAUAAAGGAGCAAGAAGUGAAACCAGCUCAGGAGGAGGCUGAGAUGCCAGCUCCACCCACUCCUUCAUCUGGCAAGAAAGGCAAAAAGAAGAAGUAAUCAGUGACUUUGAUCUUCAAUCUCGGUUCAGCUCAACGAGUUUACUGAAGAAUCCUAAUUUUAUUUGUUGUCUGUUCUUUAUGGCACAGUGCCAAACUAGAGGUUUUGUUGCACAUUUAUACUAUUUUAUGACUUUAAACUUUACUUAAACUGCAUUCUGCAGUUGUUUAUGGAUGUUUGUUAUGGUAUGCGGGUGCAGCGAUUUGAUUAUCAUUGGAAGGUGAAUUUAUUUGAAUAAUUCAACUCAAAAAGUAGAACUUUCAUUACACAAAAUAUUAGAAAUUCUGUUAAAUCUGGUUAUUUUAGCUUGCAGGUGUUGAAACCCCCCCAAAAUUGUUUCUUAGAAAAUGUAAUUUUGUAAUUUUUUGAUAAAGAAAUGUUGGCCUGCUCUUUAUAUGUACUUAAUAUGUGAAUGGACUUAGUUUUUCUGAGUGCAGUGUGGUACCUCAGCAUCAAGGUGUUCAUCCUGUGCCUAUGCUGAGAUAUUGAGGAAGUCCAGGAGACUUUACUGGUGACCUUCAAGUCAUCUGUAUCAAUGAGUCUGUGUCUCUCAUUUUACUUUCUUACUCCAGACUUCGAGAAUGUUAAUUUUUCUGAUGAACUAGUUUUUAGGUUUUCAUUAGCUGUAGGCUUUAUCCAUCCAAAUUUACCAUCUAAAAUUAUGCCAUAUUUAUGAGUUUCACAUUUUGAGUGGAGUUACUGAACUAAAUUAACUUUUCAAUUAUACUUUUAUUCAUCUGAAAGUUUUUAUUGUAACAACAUAUUUUUUUCAACUUGUAUUUAAUAAUUUAGCAUGAAUAA